GGUCCUUUUUAAGUGAAGUGAGAACACCCCUUGUUAGAGCUAACUCCAGUGACAGAUGAAGUGUACCGUCAAUCAUGUCCCAGAAGGUAUUGCUGAUUAAGCUGCUGUUGGUGCAUUAUGCAACCCAGGAAAUGCAAACUGCAAACUGCGAUGAAGAUGUUGUUCUGAAGUGUGAGCGUCCAGGUGUUGAUAUUGACACUGUGGAUUACCUCUCUGUGGCAUGGUACAAGUUCAACAACCAGAAGAAAAAAAAUGGUAUCAUCAGGAUGUCUAAAGAUAACAAUACCCCGCAGUACUACAGCUUCCCUCGUUCACCCCAACCCAGUUUUGGAGAGAAACACAGUUUGUUGCUGCCCAGGGUGACACCUGAAGACUCAGGCACCUACGAGUGUCACAUCAGUGCAAAUGUGGGGAGUCAAAAUCAGGAUCUUAGCGUCAACCUAAUGGUUCACGCUUGUGCGACCCAGGCUGACCUGACAACAAUGACAACUGUGUUGAACACGACUCAGUCCGCAGCAGUCUGCCACAGACAAGUGGAGGACAUGCCAGUCAUGUGGAGCAUAAUAGUUUAUGUGGCAGUGGGCCUCAGCAAAAUCGUUUUAGCUCUAAUCAGCAUUUGGGUUAUUGAAGCUGUUCGUAUGAGGUCUUCAAGACGAUGGCAGCAUUAGUGACGAAGCUGACCUGUGAGAUCAUGUAAAUAGCGGACAAAUCUUCAAAAUCAGCUAUUACACAUGAUUUUAUUGUUGCAUUUCUUAUGUACUGUACUUCACUUGUUUUCAGAGAUUUUUUUUUCCAGUAAAGCAUCCUCAGUUUCUAAAAAUGUGUCACUCUGCUGAACCAAACCAUGUGUGGCUUUUUUAUUGGCACGAUAGAGGUCAACUCACCAAGAAUAUCUAAACAGUAACAGACAUGAGAGGAUGUAAAGCUUAUAUAGAGGAACAAAACCACACACACACACACACACACACACACACACACACACCAUGCACACACUUCUACAGGUGUAAACAGCAUUUAUUGUAGUAUAUGAUAGCUGAUAUUGUGAUAGGUAUAUCGUAACAUUGAAUGGAUCUGUGUACAGGGAUUUUAACAAACUUCUGAUAUGCUAACAUAGUUUAAAUGAAAAAGCUCAGCUAAUUGUCUGUGUUUUUAAUUGUGCUGUUAGUUACUAUGAAAAAUAACACAUUUACUUUUCACGAUAAAACUAGAGCAACUGUAUCCCACAGCUUUUGGGAUUCACCCACCACAUGUUCUACUUUAGUUCCUGUCAUGAAUCAACUGCUCAAAGAAAAUGAUACCACUCCACAAUGAGUAGAACCACAAACACCAAUAAACAUAUCAACAAGCCGUUAUCAGAUGUAUAAUCAGAUGUAUAUUGUGGUUAUGUUAUCUUUAAAAAUCUCUUUCACUAUUCAGUUUCAGACUUUGAGUUUGAAGGCUGAAGACCUCUUGCGGUGAGUGCUCCCCUGUUUAGGAAGUAAGUGUGAAAGUGCAGCAUGUCGAGAUGCUGUAUUCAUGCUCUCCAGUCUGUAUCGACUCUCCCUGUUGGGGAUGUAAAGAAAUCCAGCAGCUUUUAUCCUGCAGACACUAACACCCACCGAUCGUCACAGUGAGGGAGCGGGUGAGCGUCUGCCUCUGAGUUCUCCUCCUGGUUUACAAAGUCAAACUAAUACAGAAAAAGCAUUAAAUGGAUCACUGCCUUUUGAAAAUGUUGAUUUGAGAUCAUUAAGGAGGCGAGGCGUCUCACGGAGAGCAGCUCAGCAGGCACAGAGUGAGGGAAAAUGUGCACAGAUCCCCACCUACUGGCACAUCCUCAGACAACACCACCACCACAUUCAGACAAAAUCAAACAUCAACUGAAGUUAGAGUUCAAGAGUUGAACUGUUUUUAAACAGGCUUUACAUCAUUUAAAUUUGUGAGAUUUGGUAUUUGGUAUGAUGCACCAUGGAGUGAGCCAGUAAGUAUAAACUCACUACUGGGUUUAAAAGAAGAAAAAGAAACUGUUGUAAAUUUGAUUCAUUAAAUUUGUGAUUUAAUGAUGAUGCGGUCUGUCUCUAGAUCUUUACAUAGCAAAUA